AUGUCGACAGAAGGGGAAAAGCCUGCCGCCGGCGCAGGCGACACGUCAGGAGGUCCGACGCAACCACCGCCAAGCGGUGAGACCAAGAGCUCGUCGAAGGAUGCUCCCGCGACCGGCGCGGCGCCGGCAGGCGACAAGAAGCUCUCGGGUGCUGAGCUGAAGAAGAAGGCCAAAGAGGAGAAGGCGGCACGCCGUAUGCAGGCCAAGGUUAUGCAGACGGCGGCUGCACCACCGGGCGCCGCGGCAGCGGCAGCGGCAGCGGCCGCCGCCAAGGGCAAGGCCAAGCAGGACGGCGGCGCGGGCGCCAGCGCGCACGGCAGCAAGACGGCACCCAGGACGGCACCGACGGAGCCUCCCAAGCCCAAGGCGACGGUGCCCGCGUGCUUCAGCCACCUGUCCAUGGCAAAGCGCAUGAGCAUCACCCAGGCGGACAAGGAUGUGCACCCAGUCAUGCUGCAGCUGGGCCAGAAGAUGAGCACCUUUGCUAUUUCCGACAGCAUCACACGAGCAGAAGCGACGCUGCUCGCCUUCAAACAGGUCAUUGAAUCCUACACAACCCCCCACGGCGCCACCCUCUCGCGCCACCUCACGUCGGUCGUGCUCAAGAACCAGAUCGAGUACCUGACCGCGUGCCGGCCCAUGUGCUUCUCCAUGGGCAACGCCAUCCGCUGGCUGAAGCUGCAAAUCUCCAAGGUGGACAUUGACUUGCCCGACGCCGACGCCAAGAAGCAGCUCGGCGAGGCCAUUGACGCGUACCUGCACGAGCGCGUCACGCUCGCCGACAUCGUCAUCGUCAAGACGGCCGCCGACAUGCUCACCGAUGACGACGUCGUCGUCACCUACGCGCGGCACCGCCUCGUCGAGCGCGCGCUGCUGCGCGCCCGCGCCGACGGCAAGCGCUUCCGCGUCGUCCUCGUCGACGACCCCUUUGAGCGCGUCGGCCUCACCCACGCCAAGCGCCUCUCGGCCGCCGGCGUGCCCGUCGCCUACUCGCACGACCUCGGCGCGCUACGCACCAACCUGCAGGGCGCAACCUGCGUCCUCAUCGCCGCCGAGGCCAUGUUCAGCAACGGCGCCGUCUACGCCCGCGCCGGCACCUGCGACAUUGCCACCGUCGCCCGCGACCUCCAGCUGCGCGUCGUGGCCCUCUGCGAAAGCAUCAACUUCACGGAGCGCGUCUCGGCCGACUCGCUCACGUAUAACGAGAUUGACCCGGAGCGCAACUCGAGCGAGGCGUUUCGCCUGCUGUUUGACACCACCACGGACAAGUUCAUCUCCAUGGUCGUGACGGAGCUUGGAAACAGCUCGGCCAAAUCGGUGCCGGCGAUUCUGAGGAAGCUGGAGGAGCUGUAG